GUACUUCUUGCUCGACACAGACACUUCCAUUGUAUACAGUGUGCAGUCAACUUCUAUGAACUGUGAUUGUUUGUUCCUUGGACGACUUGAUCAAUAUACUGAUGUAUGAAGAAGCGCUUCACUACCUGCCUUACCUCCUGGCCUACACAUCUCGCCAAACUGCCGACAUACUACCAAUCCAAACUACCGGGUACUAUUGUCAACCCGCGAGACAAUCAUGCCUGCUAAGCGCUCUGCCGACGGGGAUCCUAAGGGCCCUGGUGAACCGCGACAGUUCAAGCAGACCAAACUGAGCUUUGCGUCUGCCUCAAGAACUCAUCCGGAGAAGCCAAAAGCCGAACCAGAAGGGCUUGAGAAGGCUCCCUCCGCGACCACGAUAGAGACGGGAAACCUAGGGCAAGAGCCGCAAUCAGCGCAAACCGAUUCCACCGAGGCGUCAGAGAAAGUGACAGCAGCCGGCAGCAACGACAAGGCGCCAACCAAUCCCACCAAGGCGUUGGGGAAAGACCCAGCAGUCACCAGCGACGCCAAAGCCAGCCCGUCCCUGGCCAUCUCACCAACGCCAACCCCAAAUCCGCUGACCCCAGCGGCCUCCACCAACAAAACAACCCCAGCAAUCCGAAUCCGCAUCACCGACAAGAUAGGCGACCUCUUCGCGGCGCCGCCCAACACCCUCCUCAUCCACGCCUGCAACUGCAUCGGCUCCUGGGGCGGCGGAAUCGCACUGGCCUUCCGCGACCGGUACCCGGCCGCGUACGCCGUCUACCGCGCGCACUGCGCCCGGUCGACGCCGGACGCCCUGCUGGGCACGGCGCUGCUGAUUCCGCCGCAGACGGGCAAGGGCCAGCAAGGCAAUAAGGACACGGGCCAGGGCCACUACGUCGGCUGUCUGUUCACCAGUCGGCGGGUGGGCAAGGGGCGGGACGCGCCCGAGACGAUCCUGCGCGCGACCGUGCCGGCCAUGGCGCAUCUGAUGAGGCUUGUUGCCGAGGAGGAGGGGCGGGCCGGGGUGAGCAUCGCCGAGGUGCGCAUGUGCCGGAUCAACUCGGGCUUGUUUGCUGUUCCGUGGGAUCAGAGCAAGAAGGCGAUUGAGGGAAUGGAGUUGGAGGAGGGGGAGGUGCCGCAGUGCGCGGACGGAGGGGUGGUGGAUGUGGUGGCUUAUGAGAGGCCGUAGGGUGGUAUGAGAGGGGAUGAGGAGGAUAGGUUGUACUGAUGAUCAUGAUACCCCGGAAUUGCAGUAGUUAGUUUUGGGUUUGGGAUGAAGCUUUAUGCUUGUAUGGCCCAAGCCAGAUGUUUCUCUUGUGUGAAUCGUGGACAAAGAAAACAAGAGACUAUGGGAAGAUGGCACGGAAGGCAAGAACAAGAUAGGAAGAAUGAACUUUCCGUACCAAUGGAAGCAAAAACAUGCUGCAGCACCACUCUAGCCUCCUUGAAUGAAGAGAAUGAAU